UGAACGUCAAAUUAAAUAUUAUUGCUAAGAGUUUACUUCUCAUUAAUCCAUCUCAGUCACCACAUGCACCCUUUAAUACCAAUCCAAGUAUACACCCUCUCUCUCUCCCUCUCACUCACUCACUCUACCUCUCUCUCUCUCUCUAAUACACCAGUUUCCUCUACACGUUAAGUAACAAAAGAGAGAGCAAGCUAUGACGACCGGCAAAGGCAAAAAGAAGAAGAUGGUUCUUAAGGCAGUCUCUGUUGUAGACAUCGGCUGUAGUAACUGUAAGUUCCCAAACUUGUCUUCUUUUUUCAACCCUUCCCCCAAAAAGCCCCGUCACUACUCCUCUACUUACGGCCACUCCCACUCCUCCAACACCACGGCCUCCUCCUCCUCAGCCGUACCAUCCACCUCCCACUGGUUCUCCGACACUUCUUCCUCCUCUGCCACACCCUCCACCGCUGCCGUCGCCGUCGAGAAAGACUCCGACGACCCUUACCUCGAUUUCCGCCAGUCUAUGCUUCAGAUGAUUCUCGAGAACGAGAUUUACUCCAAAGACGACCUAAGAGAGCUUCUCCACUGCUUCCUCUCCCUCAACGAGCCUUACCACCACGGCAUCAUCAUCCGCGCUUUCUCCGAAAUCUGGGACGGAGUUUUCUCAGCCGCCGUCAAACGCCGUGGCGGCGUCCAAGAGUCUCCACUCGUCCACCGUCAUGGCUCACGUGCCUCGCACCGUAACCACUACCACCGAACAAUGUAACCCUUUUUUUUAACUAAGAAAUUAUGCCACGUCACCAAUAAUGUAUUGACACGUUGACUAUCCGUUUUACCUACUACCCGACGUGUCAACAUAUUAUUGGGUUUGUGCUUUUUUAACUUUCUUAUCUGUAGCUUUGGGAUUUUCUUCUCUGUCUUUUUUAACCAAGUGUAGACGACAAUGGUAGAAAUAUUUAUAAUAAUAUUGCUACAUGUUUCUAUGUUGAUUUUUGUUGUUGUAUUCGGCCAAAAUCGAGAAAGAAUAGAAGUUUUAAAGA